AUGACCGAGCCCGAGGGCCUGUCCUGGCCGGAGCCCACCGCGAAGGAGCAGCCGGGGAACCUCUCCUCCGCCAGCGCCGCCCCCUUCUGGGCCACCGUAGCCCACCCCGCGUGGGUCUCCACAGCGGCGGCCAUUUUGUUGCUGGCGUUGCUAGGCAACGGGCUCCUGCUGCAUCGGCUUCGCUGCUGCUGUGGCUGCCAAAGGGAGCAGCGCCGGAAGAAGGCGGACUUCCUGCUGGCGCACCUGGCCGUGGCCGACCUCUGCUGCGCCGGACUCUUGCUCGGCCCGCAGCUGGCGCCUUCCAAUCCCGCCACAAGCAGCGAUGCCGCCGCCUCCCGCCUGCUUCGGGUCCUGCAGGGCUGGGGCCUCUUGGCGCCUUCCAAUAUGCUCGUCCUGAUCGCCUUCGAGCGCUGCGGCCCUAGCGCCCGCCGCUUUCCCCGAGCCGCUUCGGCCUGGCUGGGCUGGCUCUUGGCGCUGCUUUUGGCGCUGCCGCAGGCCUCCGCCUUCCCUCCGGGACGGGCCUACGCCGCCUACUGGGCCCUGGCAGGCUUCGUGGCACCCGCAGGCCUCUUGGGAGCGGCGUGCGCGCGCAUCCUUUGCUCCCUGAGAGCCUCUCCAGAAGAGGAGGAGGAAGAGGAGGAGGAGGACGCCGCUGCCUCCCCAGCCCGGUCCCCGCCGUGGUUCCUCCGCUUCCUCCCGGGAGCCAAGCCCUCCUCCUCCUCCUCCGCCCCCUCUUCGCCUCGGAGCCUGCCCCGCGCCCGAACCCGCGCCCUCCACCUGGCGCUGGCCCUGAGCGCCCUCUUCGCCCUCUGCGGCCUGCCCCGCUUCGCCCUCGAGCUCGCCGAGGGGCCUCCCGCCGCCUUCGGGAGCCUCCUGGCGGCCGCCAACGCCGCCCUCAACCCCUUCGCCUGCCUCCUCUUCCGCAGCCACCGGCCCUGGGCCCGCAGCCUCCAGAGGAGCCUUUGUCGCUGCCCCGAAGGCCCCCUGCCCCGUAGGAGGGCCCGGCGCCAAGCCCCGCCGCCCCACACCCAAGCGCCUCCAAGGCCGCUCUGCCCCUGCCAGCAGCACCCACCGCCCCAUGCCCUGGCCGAGCCCUUCGAGGCUUAG